CAGAGAAAAUAAAAUACAUCCAGGUUAGGAAAGGCUGUACUUUGCAGGCACUAUGAAAGGCUUUCUUUCCUUUACAGUCCUUGCAAUCCUUUUACUGGUGCACAGCUCCCAGACAGUCUACGUUCAGGAUGGAGACUUGAAAUUCUCCCUUGAGUCUGUGAAGAAGCUAAAGGCACUUAUGGAUGAGAACAGACACAGUAACUCUCACAUGGUGGUUUCAAAGGCUAGCUAUUCUCCAUGUGAUGAAAAAGAUCUCCCUGAGGAGUUCCAAUCUGUGUGCAAAAGAGAAGAUGCGUCCCUGAUUUUUGAGAGGCUGACCCUGGCUGUCCAAGAAGCUGAUUUGUGUGAAAUCUGUGCCAACGCUGCCUGCGCUGGUUGCUUUUGA